GACGGUUAGCAGCGAUUUUUCGGCUCCGGCAUAUAAAAAGCAUUUGAAAUACUAUUGCCCACUAGUAGUCUAUGUUAUUGCGGCGGUAAAAAACCAAACACAACAUCUGCCAAAAUGCAACGUUUCAUCUGUGCUUUCUUGUCUGUGCUGGCACUCGCGCAUGCUCUUCCUUAUGGCAGUGGCGGUUACGGUGCACCAGCUGCUUCAUAUUAUCAUCGCAGCGGCGAUGUAAUUGUGUCACAUGAACCCACCGUCUUGUAUAACAUUCCUGCACCAUCGGCUUGGAAUAUAUCGCCAGCUAGUGCAGCGGGUCCAGUGCUAUCCCCCGUCAAUGCUAAAUCUAUCUCAGGAUCUGGCACGAAAUCAUCGUUGAUUGGCAUCUCAUCGCGUCCAAGUGCCAUCGCUGCUGCGGCUUCUGCUAAUGUGCCAUUACAUGCUGGUUCCUACAAGCUAUUGAUUGUGCCCUCCUAUAAAGUGCCCAAUAUUGUGGGACCCGAACACGAUGUGCCGGCUGCGCACCAUGCUGGUGACAGCUACCAUAAGGGUUAUGGCAGUCAGGGCUAUAGCUCUCAUGCGGCCAGUUACUAAUUGACUUCAUAUUGGCUGUAGACAUCUUAAAUGCAAGGAAGAAAAAUUAUCAUUAAAUACACGCUCGAAGAGCAAAUUCCUUAAUUAAUCAAAA